UGGUGCUGGCUGCCGCUUGUGGCCUUGGGCGGGCGUGAGUAGAGGGGCCAGGGGCUGCCUGUCCUGCCCCCACCCUGCCGGAGCCUCCCUCCCCCUCCAAGGCGUCCUGCUUCGGUUAAUUAUAACUCUGACCUAAGUGCCCUGUGACACCAUGCCCCAGCGGCCCUGCCGGAGACCCAGCAACCAGGUCCAUGUCCCAGCCAUGCUCCCCGCAGACGUGCCCCUGGCCCACCUGAGUUCUUCACUGCUGCUGCUGCUGCUACUGCAGCUGCUGCCCCCUGCAUCCUCCUUCUUCCCCAACAUCUGGAGCCUCCUGGCUGCCCCUGGCUCCAUCACCCACCAGGACCUGACUGAGGAGGCAGCCCUCAAUGUCACCCUACAGCUCUUCCUGGAGCAGCCACCCCCGGGGCGGUCCCCCCUUCGUCUUGAGGAUUUCCUGGGCCGCACCCUCCUUGCUGAUGACCUCUUUGCUGCCUACUUUGGACCUGGGUCUCCUUCCCGGAGGUUCCGAGCAGCCUUAGGUGAGGUCUCCCGUGCCAACGCAGCCCAGGACUUCCUACCAACAUCCAGGAAUGACCCUGACCUGCACUUUGAUGCUGAGCGGCUGGGCCAGGGGCGCACACGCCUGGUGGGGGCUCUACGGGAGGCCCUGGUGGCAGCCAGAGCUCUUGACCACACCCUGGCCCGCCAGCGCGUUGGGGCUGCACUUCAUGCUUUGCAGGAUUUCUACAGUCACAGCAACUGGGUGGAACUGGGACAGCAGCAGCCACACCCUCACCUCCUCUGGCCUAGGCAGGAGCUCCGGAGCCUGGCACAAGUGGGUGAUCCUACCUGCUCUGAUUGUGGGGAAUUGAGCUGCCCCGGGAAUUUGCUGGGCUUUACACUCCUCACCUCUGGCUACUUUGGAACUCAUCCCUCCAAACCUCCAGGGAAGUGUAGCCAUGGGGGCCGUUUUGACCAGAGCAGCUCCCAGCCACCACGGGGAGGCAUCAACAAGGAUAGCACCUCCCCAGGCUUCUCUCCCCACCACAUGCUGCACCUCCAGGCAGCAAAACUGGCCCUUCUGGCCUCCAUCCAGGCCUUCAGUCUCCUGCGAAACCGGCUGGGAGACAAGGGUUUCUCCAGGCUGCUGGACAUCAGCCCAGCCUCCAGCCUGAGCUUUGUCCUGGACACCACGGGCAGUAUGGGUGAGGAGAUCAAUGCUGCCAAAAUCCAGGCUCGCCACAUUGUGGAACAGCGACGGGGCAGCCCCAUGGAGCCUUCCCACUACAUCCUGGUACCUUUCCAUGAUCCAGGGUUUGGCCCUGUCUUUACAACCAGUGAUCCUGACAGCUUCUGGCAACAACUCAAUGAGAUCCAUGCCUUGGGGGGUGGAGAUGAGCCUGAGAUGUGCCUGUCAGCCCUGGAGCUGGCUCUGCUGCACACACCUCCACUCUCAGACAUCUUUGUCUUCACUGAUGCCUCCCCCAAGGAUGCCUUUCUCACCAACCGGGUGGAGUCCCUGACUCAGGAGCGGCGCUGCAGAGUAACAUUCCUAGUGACUGAGGACCCGUAGAGGGUUCAGGGCCGAGCUCGGCGUGAGGUCUUGUCCCCUAUGCGUUUUGAGCCCUAUGAAGCGGUGGCCUUGGCCUCAGGAGGAGAGGUAAUCUUCACCAAAGACCAGCAUAUCCAGGAUGUGGCAGCCAUUGUUGGGGACAGCAUGGCUGACCUGGUUACCCUUCCCCUGGAACCUCCUGUUGUGGUAUCUGGGAGGCCACUUGUGUUCAGGGUGGAUACGCUGCUCCAGAGGGUCAUAGUCCGGAUCCAUGGGGAGGUCAGCAGCUUCUGGAUCAGGAACCCUGAAGGGGUCUCCCAGGGCCAGGAGGAAGGUGAAGGACCUCUAGGUCACACUCGCCGCUUUGGGCAGUUCUGGUUAGUUACCAUGAAUGACCCUCUACAGACAGGGACCUGGGAGAUCCUGGUCACAGCCGAGGGCACACCCCGGGUGAGAGUGCAAGCCCAGACAUCCCUGGACUUCCUCUUCUACUUUGGGAUCCCCGUGGAGGAUGGCCCCCACCCUGGCCUCUACCCCCUGACUCAGCCAGUUGCAGGCCUCCAGACCCAGCUGCUGGUAGAGGUGACAGGGCUGGGCUCCAGAGGCAACCCUGGAGAUCCUCUGCUGCACUUCUCCCACGUUGUCCUACGGGGGGUCCCGGAAGGUGCAGAGCUGGGCCGGGUGCCUUUGCAGCCCACGGGACCGCCGGAGCGAGGCUUCCUUGCCGCCUCGCUACCGCCCACGCUUCUGUCCACCGUGGGACCUUUCUCUCUGGAGUUGAUUGGCCAGGACAGAGAGGGGCAGGGCCUGCACCGUGCUGCCCUCCAGCCCUGCACCGUGGUCCCCAUCCUUCUGGAGCUCAGCGGUCCCCCGAGUUUCCUGGCACCGGGCAGCAAGGUCCCGCUCAGCCUCCGCAUCGCCAGCUUCUCGGGCCCUCAGGAUCUUGAGCUUAGAACAUCUGUCAAGCCCAGCUUCGUUCUCACCUCCAACCUCUCCAAGGUUCGCCUGGAACCAAAUGAGUCUGCCUGGGGGCUUCUGUGGUUGGAGGUCCCAGACUCAGCUGCCCCAGACUCCGUGGUGACGGUGACAGUGACUGCGACAGAUCGUGAAGCCAGCCCAGUGCCCCCAACCCAUGCUUUCCUCCAGCUCCUGGUGCUGGCCCCCACCCCGCAGGACCCGCUGGCUGCCCCUGCCCACUCAUCUGGCCCUAUCCUCGCCUCUACUAGCCCUGCCUCCACUUUGGUGACUCGGGGAAGGGCUGGGGGAGGGCUGGUGGGCAACCCCCGGUGGGGCACAGUUGUAGGGGUGCUGCUCCUGCUAGGCCUGGCCUCCUGCUGACACCAGAACCCCUAGAGGGAUGUAUCUCCCGCGCUAUUUUCAGUCUUGCCCCACUGCUGAGCAGGCAACUGGGCCUUGGGAUCCCACCUCUCCCAGCUGGGAUGGAGCUUUCCUUCUCAGACACCUGUCCCUCUCUUUCUUUGUGAGAUUGGGACAGAGGGCAAUGGACUUUCCCACAAUGCACUUACCCCAACCCUGCUGGGAACCAAAGCAAAUAUUCCUUUUUGGAGAAAAUUGGCUCCUAUUUCUCUGUAACAAAAUCUCUUUAUUCCACUAUUUAUACAUGCUUUCCUAAACUCCGGUAGAAGGAAAGGUAUAUGGGGAGGAGACUAAGGUUGGGAGCGGAGGUUAAUUUAUAGAAUUGUUCUUAUUUGAAAUUCUGAAGAAACUCCUAUUUUAUUUUUGUAUUUAAAGUUGAAGGACAGUUUCAUUAAACAUGUCUUCUCUAGAAAGGGAUUUCAAAGAAAGGUCAUUUAUGCAGAUCACUCAAGGGUGAGGGCGUAAGACACCAAGCAGAUGAAAUGAAGUUUUCAGUUGUGGAGAAGAAACUUUACACCAAGAUGUUUGGACUUCAGUUGGCCCACCACCUGGAGCCAUUUAUCUAUUAAGUCAAGAGGCAAAAUAAGGAGACU